AUGAAUCCUCAUUGCCCAACAGCGGGCUUGUGGAGGAUUGUUUAUACAUUACCAUUUAAGGAUCCAUUGUUGUCUAAAUCUAAGGAAAUUCGUGCUCAUAUGAUGUGGCAUGGCAAUGAAGCAACUCUGCCGAAUGUAUAUGCCCAGAGUGGCAGUGUAUCACAGGCAAAUUCCGUGUUUGGUGCAAUGCUGGCCAAGAACUGUCUCUCCAGGAGUGCUUCGAUUGCAUUUCCAAAUUCAGUAGCUAUGAUUAGUGUGCUUCAAGCUUCUGGAGGUCUUGCUGCAUUGGAACAUGGAAAGUUGAUUUGUGGCUAUAUCCUUAGAAGGGGUCUUGAUUCUACACUGUCAUUUCUUAGCACCCUUAAACAACAUAUGGAAGAUGUGGUGAGAUUUGGAUGGAAUAGAAGCGUUUUAAACUAG